AUGACAACCGUCGCGUCAACGAGAAUUGGCUUUCGUGGGUUAUUGGAUACAUCCGAUUCGAUUACAGAAUGCUUAAUCGUACCCGGUAUUACACUUGUUUUUCAAUCACUCGUUUGGACAACGACUUGUGGCGAAACGCAAGAAGAAACUGAUUUAUUACGUAAUGCAGCACAAUUGCACAAGGAGGCGAAUGAUGCAAUGAGGUUAGCCGGUGAAUUAUCAGCCAAACUUGAUUUAAAUGAACAGUCAACUUCCGAAAUAGGAAAGUUCAUUGCAGCAACUCUUGAACUUACAUUCCUUUACAAAAAAAGAAGACUUACACUUUCCAAAUUUGGCGAAUUUUCUCUGUAG